AUGUCUACGAGAAAGAACGGCGAGAUCCAGUCGCUGGAUAACUAUGGCGGGCCAUGCGAUCUGCAGACAGACAGCGGACUCAGGCUGCAUGGUUUCGUGUCGACGCACGGCGUGGCCAACUUCCUCAACGUGCCGUACGCCGUCUUUCCGGCACGGUUUCGCACGGCGCAGCUGCUGGACCUGACGGUGCUUACGGGCGACCGGGACGCCUCUCACUACGGCCCACGCUGUCCGCAGCCAGACGACGCGGUGCACAUGCUGAUGCAGCACCUGUUUGAGAAGCUGCCGAUGCCGCAGUACACGGAGGAGUUUUCGUGUCUGGACGUCAACAUCUACGUGCCACCGCAGGCGCUGGCCGGCGGACAAGACGGCGGUCUGCCGGUCUUUGCGUGGAUCCACGGCGGGUCCUUUAACACGGGCGACAACACGACCGAGUUUGAUGGAAACCACCUGGUGGCGCGGUCUAUGCGGCUUGGUCAGCCGAUCGUGGUAGUGACCAUCAACUACCGGCUCAAUGUGCUGGGCUUCCUGACGUCGGCCGAGCUGGACGCCGAAGCACGGGCAGCCGGCGAGACGCCGGUGCGCAACCAGGGCCUCAACGACCAGCGGCUGGCGCUGCAGUGGAUCCGGCGACACAUUGGAAGCUUCGGUGGCGACGGCCGGCGGGUGACGGUAGCGGGCGAGUCGGCAGGUGCGAGCAGCAUCCACUGUCUGCUGAAGAGCCGGCCUCAGUUCGGUGAUGACGAUGAUAGAGCGCUGUUUUCGGGUGCGCUGAUCUGCUCGGCACCCUUGCCGGUUCUGCGACCGCGCAGCGACGGCCAGGCGCUCUUUGACCGGCUCGUGGCGGCGGCAGGUGUUCGGACAGACGCACCGGCCCCGACAAAGCUGGCAGUACUGCGGAGCCGCGAGGCGCAGGAGCUGAUCGCGCUGGUGGCGUCGUCGCUGAGCGUGUCGUUUCCGUAUGCCGACGAAGCCUGGUUUGACGAGGAUGCCAGCAGCAGCAACAACGACAACAACAGCACACCCGAUACAUCCUACUGGGCCCAGCUUCCGACUUGGUGUCGUCGCGUGGCCGUAGGCCAUACGGCUGACGAGGCUGCCCUGUUCUUCUCACAGCACGCGGCGGCGGCGGCGGUGACGGAGACGCAGGCCCGCCAGUACAUCCAGAAGUCUGUCUGUGCGGGCUCGGCCGCCAUGGCGGCAGUGAUCUGGGACGCGGAACCGCUGCAGGAUGCGGGCGGCUCGACUGCGCGGCCGCUGCGACGGCUUGUGCGGCUGGCCACCAACGCCAUGAUGGUGGUGCCAGCGCGGGCGUUUGUGCAGGCAGUGGCGACCUCUGCUCCCGACACGGACGUGUACAUGUACUCGAUCGAUCUGCCGGAUCCGUUUCCCGGCCGCGGCCUCGAAGGCGCUUCGCCCGGUCCGCUGCACGGCUUCGCGUGGCACUCGUUUGGCAACGCGCUCGUCUUCUACCAGCCGGCCUGCCAGGCAGACGCGCAGCUGGCGGCUACGGCCGACCGCGUCAGCGAGGCCGUCGUCGGGCUCGUGCACGGGAUCCGGGCGCCGGGCGGGUGGUUGCCGCUGACGCCUGCCAACGCGCGCAAGAUGAGCUGGAAGGGCAGUGACAGCGGUAUGGUGGCGGCUGGCCCGGUUGGCGACGGCGUGGCGGCGGCGCUGCAGGCGGCAGGACCAAACGCGGCGUGGGACUCGGCAUAUGCAGCCUUUUGCGUGGAUCCUGUCCGGAUCAUGGGGCUGAUGAGCUGA